UUUUUUGUAACUCUUCGGAUGCCUCUCUCUCGGGGCUGUAGCCUACGCAGCUAAAACGAUUUAACAAAGUUUCUAGUGUAUGAUGGUCAUUCUUUGAUUUCGUUUAUAAUUAUCGUUUGAUCGCCGAGGCUUGAUUUAUUUAUUUUUUAUUUUUUUCAACGGUAAAUAGUUGAAUGUUGAUGAUGUUCCAUUUAUUUUCUCGGUUGAACCGGUGAGCGGGGCAGGAGCCUCCUCUUUUGAGCUGUCAACCUGGCUUCCUGUUCUACAACAUUAUAAAACGAGGACAUUUAUUGUUUUUGACAAAGUAAUUGUUGUUCGUCAUAUUGAUUUCUGCGUAAACUGAAACGUUUUUUUUUGGAUCGAAUUCUGAGAGUAUUGGCCUUUUCUUCCACCAAGGACCGACAUGGAUUUCCAUCGCUCGGUUCCAGGCUAACACGGGAUAUCAGUUGUCUUUCUCCUAAAAGCUAAAGCUAUUCUUUGAUUUAUUUAUCGUGUGGAGCCCCUCCUACCUGAGUCGGGGAUAGAGGUGGACAUCGAGGUCAAGAGCAUCCUCUCUUCAGACUCUGAUACCUUCUACCAGCUGUAAAACCAGCCCAUCACUCUGAGCCUGUCUUCACCCCCCUCUGAUACGGCGUGUCCUUCCACCAGCUUAGUGAUGACGUCUCGGGUGUUGAUGAGGCAGGAGCUGAUGCGCCAGCAGGCCAGGGACCAGGAGAGGAGAGAGGCCCAGCAGCAGGUCUCCUCGGCCCAGUUACACACCACCGACUCCUCCCCAGCCAUCUCCAUGGCCCCAGAGCAUACUGAAGCCCGACCACCCCCUGCCCAGGUUCCUGUGGAGGUCCUCAAGGUUCAGACCUACCUGGAGAACCCCACUAAGUACCACCUCCAGGCCUCCCAGAGACAGCAGGUUAAACACUACCUCUCCUCCACCGUGGGGAACAAACUGACCAAUCAGACGCUGGGCGCCUCCCCCUCACCUCACUCCGGAUCCGCCCCCGAGCUCCAGCCUGCAGCCAGCAGCUCUCCUAGCAGCCCAUUGGCUGUGCUCAGCCUGAGCUCCAACAAAGAGGAGAUGGAAGAUGUGAUCGAUGGCAUCAUCAGUUUUGAAUCCGGUCUCAACGAUGAGUUCUUUCAGUUGAUCGACCCUGGACUACAGCUAGCCAACACGCUGCCAGUGUCAGUGAACAUGCUGGAUGUGUUCAGCAGUGGAGGGAUGGCUGCUCCUACCAUCACCGUCUCCAACUCCUGUCCUGCUGACCUGCACACCAUCAAGACUGAGUUAACUGGUACCGUGGUGGAGGCUAAAGCUAUGAUGAAGGAGCGGCAGAAAAAGGACAAUCAUAACCAGAUUGAGAGACGGAGGAGGUUCAACAUCAACGAUCGCAUCAAGGAACUGGGAGCUCUCAUCCCCAAAUCUAGUGACCCACCCCCCUGCUACGGAGACAGGGAGACGCGUUGGAACAAGGGCACCAUCCUGAAGGCGUCUGUGGACUACAUUAGGAGGCUGCAGAAGGAGCAGCAGAGAGCCAAGGAGGUGGAGACCAGACAGAGGAAACUGGAGCACAGCAACCGCAGCCUACUGCUACGUAUACAGGAGCUAGAGAUGCAGGCCUGCCUCCACGGCCUCUCCACCCCCGCCUCCUCCUCCCAGGGCUCCUCCUCCUCACACCUCAGCCUAUCACAAUCCCUGGACCCCAGCACGGGUGACGCCCUCUCCAAGACCCUCCUCUCCCUGAGUGGUGGCCCAGGCCUUCAGGCCACCUCCCCCUCCUUUCUGUCUCCACCCCCCUCGGCCUCACCGGUUGGCCUGAUGAACAUGGCUUCUCCUCUGGGCUUCUCUGAGCUGGACGACCCGUCUGCCGCAGCCUUCCACUCCUCCCUGCUACCGGACAUGGGUCUUGGGGACAUCUUGAUGGACCAUGGGGGGAUAGGGAUGUCCCCGGUGUGGGCCCGAGAGCCCCUGCUCUCCUCCAUCUCCCCAGGAGUCUCCAAGACCUCCAGCCGUAGGAGCAGCUUCAGCAUGGAGGAGGACUUGUGACUUGAGUUAAAGGACCCUACCCUUUACACUGCUAGGCAAGAGCAGCUUCAGCAUGGAGGAGGACUUGUGACUGGGCUGAGUCCAAAACCAACCACUAGACCAGCAUUUCCCAAACUCUGUCCUCGGGAUCCCAAUGGGGUGCACGUUUUGGUUUGUGCCCUAACACUACACUGAUUCAAAUGAUCAAAGCGUUAUGGUUCAAUUAGUAUUUCAUUCCACUGUGUAGUGCCAGGGCAAAAACCAAAACGUGCUUCCUUUAGGAUCCUGAGGACCGAGUUUGGGAGGCCCUUCCCUAGACCCUGGCUCCUAGACCCUAGCUCCUAGACCCUAGCUCAAAUCAAAUCAAAUCAAAUUUAUUUAUAUAGCUCUUCGUACAUCAGCUGAUAUCUCAAAGUGCUGUACAGAAACCCAGCCUAAAACCCCAAACAGCAAGCAAUGCAGGUGUAGAAGCACGGUGGCUAGGAAAAACUCCCUAGAAAGGCCAAAACCUAGGAAGAAACCUAGAGAGGAAACAGGCUAUGUGGGGUGGCCAGUCCUCUUCUGGCUGUGCCGGGUGGAGAUUAUAACAGAACAUGGCCAAGAUGUUCAAAUGUUCAUAAAUGACCAGCAUGGUCGUAUAAUAAUAAGGCAGAACAGUUGAAACUGGAGCAGCAGCACGGUCAGAUGGACUGGGGACAGCAAGGAGUCAUGUCAGGUAAUCCUGGGGCAUGGUCCUAGGGCUCAGGUCCUCCGAGAGAGAGAAAGAAAGAGAGAAGGAGAGAAUUAGAGAACGCACACUUAGAUUCACACAGGACACCGAAUAGGACAGGAGAAGUACUCCAGAUAUAACAAACUACUGCAGCAUAAAUACUGGAGGCUGAGACAGGAGGGGUCAGGAGACACUGUGGCCCCAUCCGAGGACACCCCCGGACAGGGCCAAACAGGAAGGAUAUAACUGGCUCCUAGACCCUGGCUCCUAGACCCUAGCUCCUAGACCCUGGCUCCUAGACCCUGGCUCCUAGACCCUAGACCCUGGCUCCUAGACCCUGGCUCCUAGACCCUGGCUCCUAGACCCUGGCUCCUAGACCCUGGCUCCUAGACCCUGGCUCCUAGACCCUAGCUCCUAGACCCUAGCUCCUAAACACUAGCUCCUAGACCCUGGCUCCUAGACUCUGUCUCCUAGACCCUAGCUCCUAGACCCUAGCUCCUAGACCCUAGCUCCUAGACCCUAGCUCCUAGUAAUUGUUUAAGACACAAGGUUAUUUGUAGAUCAGUCAGUCUGCAAUGUAGUUCAUCUGGAACACGACGUAAGGCCUAUCAGAGGACUGGGGUGGAGCCUCCACAUACUAUGCAUGGCCCCGUCCAUCAAUCACAGAGUCGUGGUCAAAGGUCUUAGUUUAGUCUAGGAUUUGCAAAAUUCCAGUCCCCAGGUUUUCCAGAAUUCCUGGCAGUAAGGUUCCAGAAUUCCUGGCAGUAAGGUUCCAGAAUUCCUGGCAGUAAGGUUCCAGAAUUCCUGGCAGUAAGAUUCCAAAAAUCCUGGCAGUAAGGUUCCAGAAAUCCUGGCAGGAAGGUUCCAAAAAUCCUGGCAGUAAGAUGGUCUUUAUCAUAGAAAAGGAAACAGGAGUUGGGGAAUAUUGUUUCAAUGAAACAACAGAUGAUGUGUUCAGAAAGCCACAAAUAUUCAAUUAAAAACCAUUAUUUGUAUGUAUGUAUGAUGAGACCUCAGCACUCUGCAAAACAGAAAGGGAUGCCAUUAUUCUGUGUUGAAACAGCAAGAUUAACUGUCUGUGUAUCCCAAAUAGCAACCUAUUCCCUAAAUGGUGCACAUCUGGAUACCACUGGAGUGCAGUAUAUUGGAAAUACGUUGCCAUUUGGGAUACAUGAUAGUGCAGCACUUUUCAUUGGUAGACAUGUUGUAUAGAGAUGAGUGUUGUGCAGUAGUAUGCUUUUAAAGUGUCCCAAGGGAAAACCAGUCUGAGCAGCCAGCCAUAAAGUAGACUAAACAGUUACUGUGUUUGUAGACCCAAUGUUCUGUUGUCUUCAACAACAAGACAGUUAACAGUAGAUUAACCCUGAACUUCAUCACUUCCUGUUCCUUGCCUGGCUGGGGUCAAUUCAGUUCAGGGGUUGAAAAAAACAACCCAGAACAGAAUGUAAUGAGUGUUUUUAUUAAUGAAUUCCAUUUUUUCAUUCUCGUCUUAGAUUUUACAGAUUGAAGAGUGCUUAUAAAGGUGUUAUGAGUGCUUAUAAAGGUGUUAUGAGUGCUUAUAAAGGUGUUAUGAGUGCUUAUAAAGGUGUUAUGAGUGCUUAUACGCCCCAUGUAUCUACAUUACCAGUCAACAGUUUUAGAACACCUACUUAUUCCAGGGUUUUUCUUUAUUUUUUAAAACAAUUUUCUAAAUUGUAGAAUAAUAGUGAAGACAUCAAAACUAUGAAAUAACACAUAUGGAAUCAUGUAGUAACCCCCCCCCCCCCACCCCCCAACAAAACGUGUUAAACAAAUCAAAAUAUAUUUUUAUAUUUGAGAUUCUUCAAAGUAGCCACUGGUUUGCCUUGAUGACAGUGUUGCUGUGUCCAAAACCUUUUUGACUGGUACUGUAUACGGUGUAGACAUGGGACUCGACAAUAAUGGAAUAAGAACAAGGUCUGUUGUGUUGUUUUAAAGGCUGACAUUCUAUAGCCUGGUUACAGGUCGGUUGUGUUGUUUUAAAGGCUGAUAUUCUAUAGCCUGGUUCCAGGUCUGUUGUGUUGUUUUAAAGGCUGACAUUCUAUAGUCUGGUUCCAGGUCUGUUGUGUUGUUUUAAAGGCUGACAUUCUAUAGUCUGGUUCCAGGUCUGUUUGUACUGUGUAAAGUAGCAAAACAGCACAAACCAAUCUGGGACCAGGCUAGAUGUUUUAAAUUUGGUAUUGGUAUUUAUUAGCCGUUGCGAAAGCAGCAACUAGUUUUCCUGGGAUCCAGAGCUUUUUUUUAUUUCCAGGGAUGAGGUGAUAGGAUCAUUUAAACUGCUAAAAUGAUGCACCUCACAAUAACAAAGGGUUUCUUUCAGCUGCGACGAUUGACUGCCAUUCAUAUUAUAACAGAUGCUUAACACUGCUUUCAGGUUGGAAUCCAGGCUAAUAGCUUGUAUAAUAUAUAAUAAUAUGCCACGUUUCUUUGUCACCUGUGUGUGCAUAUAUAUUUUACAUAUGGGUGGUCCCAGACAUUGAACCAACUACCCUGGCAUUACAAGAGCCAUGCUCAACCAACCUGUUUGAACACUGGCUGUAUAUGGCCAUGCUGACGACGUCUACAUAACAUGAUGAGUCUGCUUUGAUUUUGUAGAGGGAACAAGUUGUUUUACCAUUUUUA